ACCGAUUUCUCUCGAAAACAAAUGCGCUUCCUGCUUUAUCAUUAAUGACUGCGAAACUUUGGGGGAUUUGACACGACUUUAUACAAAGUCAACACUUUUUAGGCGACACGUGUAUUCAAUCGAUACAACGCGUAUGAGUUGUCGCACUCCACCAAAACUUAACAAUCAAUCAACAACAUCUCUACAAUCGCAUGGCAGGAGGACUCCCACGGCCGGCUGUGCCAUUAAGAAAGACAAGCAUGCGCCCACCACCAAGACCUUCGGUCGCUGCGGCUAGAUCACACUCAGUAGCACCUUCAUCUCGACAUGAUCGAUCAGGCGCAAUAUCACCAGCAGAAUCUGUGGUGUCGGUAGCCACAACAGCAGGAGGAACGAAGAGAAAAGAACGAGACUUCGAGCACGAUGACGAGGAGACGAAUAUCAAUGUCGUGGUGCGAUGCAGAGGAAGGAAUGAGCGCGAAGUUCGGGAGAAUAGUGGCGUGGUAUUGUCAACAGAAGGAGUAAAAGUAAAGAGUCUGGAGCUUUCCAUGGGACCAAGCGCGCUCAGCAACAAGACAUACCACUUUGACAAGGUCUUUUCAUCGGCUGCAGAUCAAGCGAUGAUAUAUGAUGACGUUGUCACACCAAUGCUGGACGAGAUGCUCGCUGGAUACAACUGCACAAUCUUUGCAUAUGGGCAAACGGGGACUGGAAAAACAUAUACGAUGUCUGGUGACAUGAAUGAUACCUUUGGAAUACUUUCAGAUGCAGCAGGCAUAAUACCCAGGGUAUUGCACUCGCUAUUCCGAAAACUCGAUAUCGAUGAUGCAGAAUCAUCUGUGAAGUGCUCUUUCAUCGAGCUCUACAACGAAGAGCUUCGCGAUUUGAUAUCUCCAGACGACAAUGCCAAACUCAAGAUCUACGAUGAGAAGAAUACAAAGGGUCAUGCCACUACUAUUGUCCAAGGCAUGGAAGAGUGCCAUAUCAAAACCGCCACCGACGGUGUUAAAUUAUUACAGCAUGGAAGUCACAAGCGUCAAGUUGCUGCGACGAAAUGCAAUGACCUCAGUAGUCGAAGUCACACAGUUUUCACGGUCACAGCCUACAUCAAGAGGACUGCAGAGAAUGGUGAAGACUAUGUUAGUGCUGGAAAGCUCAAUCUUGUGGAUUUGGCAGGCAGCGAAAAUAUCCAGCGAAGUGGAGCAGAAAACAAACGAGCUGCUGAAGCUGGGCUGAUCAAUCGAAGUUUAUUGACGCUUGGCCGUGUCAUCAACGCUCUUGUUGAUCGAAGUAUGCACAUUCCAUAUCGAGAAUCGAAACUCACUCGACUGCUUCAAGACUCGCUUGGUGGCAGAACGAAGACAUGCAUCAUUGCAACCGUGUCUCCAGCGAAGAGCAAUCUUGAGGAGACGAUCUCGACACUAGACUACGCAUUCAGAGCAAAGAACAUUCGCAAUAAGCCUCAAAUGAACCAGAUGAUAAAUAAGAAGACUUUACUGAAGGAAUUCACAUUCGAGAUUGAGAGACUGAAGAGCGAACUCAUUGCAACCCGGCAACGAAAUGGUGUCUAUCUCACAAACGAAAACUAUGAAGAGAUGACCUUGGAAAGUGAGUCUCGGAGGAUUCUCAGUGAGGAGCAGGCAGCCAAAAUAGAGACCAUGGAGAUCAAUCUGCGGAACAAGGUCCAAGAGUUGUAUUCUCUGACGUCCAAUUUCAUGAUCCUUAAGAAGGAUAACGAGAGCACGAAAACCGUCCUUGAUGAGACAAAAGGUGUUCUUGAGCAGACCGAGUUCGUUCUCACCAACACGCGACAAAACUUGGCUGAGGAGAACAUGCUACGAAGAGCACAUCAACAGACUGAGGAGCAGCUUGUGGAAGUUGGAGAUCAACUUCUUUCGACUAUUGGCAAGACCGUCAACGAUGUUAGUGGACUUCAUGCAAAGAAUAAGAGGAAAUCCGACUUGCAGUCUUUGAAUCGGAAUACUUGGGGACUCUCGCAAGCUCAGGUAGCCGAAGUGACGAGCUUAGUUGAAAGCCGUGUUGAUCAAUUCCGUUCUCAGCAACAAGAACUGAUGGAAGCUGUCUCUGAACGGAUGCAGUCAUUUGUUGCUGGUGAACUUGGUAAACUGGCUUCCACCCAGGCAUUCCUCGAUGAGAACGUUUCUGCUUUUGAAGGAUCCGAGAAGGAAGUUUCUGAGCAGACUGUCACGGCCAAGAAAGAAAUGGAUGCUGUGCUCGAGGAAAUCAAGACCCUACGGGAGGAUGUUAAAACUCGAGUUGGAGAAGGACUCCAAGGACUCUCGGCAGCAGCAGAGCGCAUAUCGGCGGAAGUGAUCAGUGAAUUGGGAGCUUUCCACACUCAGCUCCACACUUCUUACAGCUCACUAGGCCGAGACUUCAAGACACUUUUUGAAGACCUUCUCAAGCAUGUCAACGCACAGAAGGCUGAAGCAGAUUCUUUACGCCAGCAGCUGAAUACUGCCAGUGAGCUUGCUAUGCAAUCGAAUGUUGCUGCUUCUAGUCGAUUGGACGAAGUUCUUCGAGAAGAACGUGAGCAAGCAGCAGCAGACCGUCAAAAUCUAUUGUUGCAAAUCACAAAUUUGGUCAACACCCAAGGUGAGGCUCAAGACGCACGUCUAGGAUCCAAAAUCGAAGAAGUCCGCAAAGACGUACUGGCUUCGAAGGAUAGCUUCGAGACAUCUCGAAUUCAGUACAACGAGGGUAUGGAUGCAUGGAAUGAGAAAGAAGGAACACUUGUUGAAGAGGUACUCCGAUCACGCGAGACUUUGAAGAGCAAGUUGAAGGAGGACUGGGUGGCUGCUAACAAGCACAACUCAUCUCUUCAACUGACCACAAAAUCGGUUCAUGCAGAGACAGUUCGAAUUGUGGACGAGCAGAUGAAAGAUAUUGACAUCCAAAUGCGUGCCCUCGACGAUUUUGUAACGCGUGCUCAAUCUCAAAAUGGCCAGCAUCACGAUAGUCACGUCCAAUCACUCCAGAGUCUUUCGAGCACUGUCAAAUCCUCAUAUAACAACAUCGGCUCGCACUUCACGUCGACAUAUGAACGAGUCCGUGACCUCGGAGAGGAGAUGUCGACCAAGACAUCUCUACUCCAAGAGAACCUCACACCUCUCGACUCUGUCCUUCGCGAGCCUCUCACCCAGCUGCGAGAGAAUAUUGCCUCUACCAUGCUCGCAGAAUAUCAACCUACUGGCGAAACACCUCAGAAGACUCAAUACUCCUAUCCGACCAAUCUGCCCAGAACAGAUGCACACGAGAAUUUACUAGCUGCAAUGCGCAAACCAGCAAGUCCGAGAAAGAGCCCAAGUAAAAGCAUGAGUUGCAUGGUCCCAGUCGUUUUCAACGAUGCCGAACAACCUGCUCGCCGCCUAUUCUCUCAAUCUCUCGGCCCCGGAACUCUUCGCGCAUCACCACUUGAAGAACAAAGACCAACAACAAGCGGAAGCACUGGCCUGAGAGAGGUAGACGCCAACGCAAACACCGGAUCCAACUCAAGCCCAGCAGAUAUCGAGAUGACUGGAACGCAAGUGCCACUAUUCAAACGCAGUAUAUCAGCGACGGGUGGUGGAAAGCUGCCAGUGUUGAAGCACAAGAAGAGCGUCGUUGCAUUGGAAGGAAGAGAGAACGUGAACCCGAAUGUCGCGGCAUUACAACAGGUUCAGAGCACGGGGAGGAGAAGAAGUCCGCGGAUUACGACGAAUGGACAAUCGUAGAAUAUGGACGAGGAGAGGUAUUGCUGGAUUGAUUGUAUGAUUUACGUUCUUAUUCACGACGGCGGAGUUGCGGCGCCAGGUCAUGGUUACGAUCAUGGCUGUUUUCUGGCGUUGGCUGGUUGUGUUUGUGUAUUGCUUGGAAUUGAAUGAGUAGAGAGUGUGUUAUUGUAUAGCGUUAAUGAAUCGUCCGAUUAUUU